UCAAGCCCCAUUCUGGUCCUCCUCCACCUCAACCCCUGUCGUCUCCUCCAUCAGUGACUCCUCCAAGCUGAUACACUCUUUCUCUGGACUCAAAGACACAGCGACCAUCGGCCAGCUGCCAUGAAAACUACUCUGGCCCUGCUGCUUCUCAUCUCGCUGGCAUGCCACAGCCACGCCCUCAAAUGUCACACGUGCUUUGCGUCCAAUAAGGACAACUGCAACCUUCAGGGCUCCACCUCCUGCCCUCAGUAUGCUGAUGCCUGCACCACCGUCACAGAACCCGACACAGUGAUUAAGGCGUGCACCUACAAGGCUUUCUGCGACAAGGCUCACGUCUUCGGCCCCGGGGCCAAGAUGGAAUGCUGUUUCGACGACGACUGUAACGGGCCCCACUGGAGCCGCAGCCACGGUGAUAACCACCGCAACAGCGCGGGGGCUCCGGCCUCCGGCCCCGUCCUACUCAUCGCAGCCCUGCUGCUGCGUUUGGCCGCCAGUCAGCUGUGAUUCGUCCCCACACAGAUCUUCGAUGCACCUUUCUGCCAAUUGUGUUGGUGCAGUGAUGGCGGUCUGUCACAGGAAUGCAAACUUCUGCACCUUUGAUUGUGUUCUUAUUUUAGUAUCAUCCAACAUUAGAAUAGAAACCUCAUCAUCGAUGCUAUUAUCUUAUCCACUGUGUUCACUUGCAGAUGAUCCAAUGCGGUACAUGCUAGUGAACCUGAGAGUGUUUGUGGUGAACAAGUGUGCAUGAAGUUAACUACAUCUCUCCAGCGUGGUUUCAGUAGGGGCAAAGAGUGCUUGCGUGGGUAGCAGCUCGGGUAGCAGCUCGUUGACACUAUUGACCAAAAAGUAUUUUAACAGCACAAAGAAUUUUGUAAUUGAAUAUUUAGUAAUUUUUCUUCAUGCAAGCCUAUUUGAAUAAAGAUACAAUUGUG